AUGAAGUGCCAGCCAUGGUACCCAAAGGACUUCGAACGGACCUUGAACAAUACCCUUCCCGAGGAAGAGGUGACUCUCCUCCUUCAGAAGCCGAACUGCUCCCCGCGCUUCGUCUACGGGGUUCUCAUGCUCCCCACAAUCCUCAAAUACUUCAUAGGGAUGGACCAAACCGUCAAAAUUGACAGGAGGAUGACCACACCGGUGAUUGUCCCAUCGAGAGAGCCACAUGCAGUUGUAGAGGGAAUCCUGGUUUUCGGUCUGAACGAACACCAACGCAACGCAAUGUACGAAGCAGAGGGCGGCUUGAUGAAUCUGGUGAGUGUGCAGGCACGAAUAUUUCAGAGCGAUAGAAUCGACGAUCACGAUAUGCGGAGUGUGCGGACCGUCGAUGCCGGUGCAUUUGCGUGGAAGGAAUGCGCAGAUGGUUUGAUACCUGUACACAGUUCGGCUUGGUCGAUAGAUGGAUUUCUGAAGAGUCCCUUCUAUGAUCUGAUCGCACAAUCCCAGCAUCGACAGGCUCUAGAUUCUCUGGCACAAUCAUCGGAGGAUUCUCGUGAUGCCAAGGAGCCUUCAGCAGAAGAAAGGGUCUGA